AUUUUGAGAACUAGUCUGGCAUUCCCCCAUGUGACGUACUAUUAAUCGUUCUGAAAAGUAGGAGAAGAAAUGGGACGCUCUGGUGAUCGGCGCCGGCCACAACGGGAUGAUAGCCGCCGCUUACCUGGCUCGGGCCGGCCUCUCUGUCGCGGUGCUCGAGCGCCGUCACAUCGUCGGUGGCGCGGCUGUGACCGAAGAAAUCAUCCAUGGCUUCAAGUUCUCGCGCUGCAGCUACCUCCAGAGCCUCCUCCGUCCCUCCAUUGUCAGAGAGCUACAGUUGAAGCGGCAUGGCUUGAAGUUGCUGAAGCCACUGGCAACUUCUUUUACGCCGUGUCUAGACGGACGUUACCUUCUACUGGGGCAUACAGAGGAGCAAAACUACUCGGAGAUAUCGAAAUUCUCGAAACAGGAUGCGGAUUCUUAUCUAAGAUAUGAAAGUCAGCUGUAUAAGUUCUGUAAAUUAAUGGACUUUCUUCUGGACUCACCCACUCCUGAAACCUUACAUGGGAAUUCAUCAUUUACUGAUUGGCUAAGGGAUAGACUUCAUAAAUCAGUAUUUUGGGGUCGCUGUGCAAGGCACAUUUUCUCUUUGGGGCAAAAGGAUAUGGUGGACUUUUUGGACUUUCUGCUGUCCCCUACAUCAAAGGUUUUGAACAAGUGGUUUGAGACAGAUCUACUGAAGGCAGCACUUGCUGGAGAUGCUAUUAUUGGGAGUAUGGCAAGUAUCCAUACACCAGGAAGUGGGUAUGUUCUACUGCAUCAUGUUAUGGGUGAAACUGAUGGUGAGCGUAACGUAUGGUCGCAUGUUGAAGGGGGGAUGGGUUCUGUAUCAAUGGCAAUACAUAAUGCUGCUAUAGAAGCUGGGGUCAAUAUUCUGACAAAUGCAGAGGUUUUGCAAUUGUUGAUUGGAGAGACUGGUACAGCAAAAGGGGUGUUGCUGGCUGAUGGCACAAGAGUACGUUCUUCAGUUGUCUUAUCAAAUGCAACACCUUACAAGACUUUCAUGGAGUUGGUGCCUCAAGGUAUUCUUCCUGAUGCUUUUCUUCGUGCCAUCAAGUUCUCUGACUACAACUCUGUAAGAUCUAUUUCCAAAAAGUCUUUACAUGCUUUUGCACUUGCAAGCUGGUUGUAUGUUCUAUUUACACUGCUGACAAAGAAAUAAAAUGGGAUAUAAUACUUAGAUAUUUGAAAUUUGACAUUGUGGUGCUUUUUUUAUGCUUGGAAGUUACUCAAGAAAGUUGUACUAACCAAUAACUAGAACAGGGAACCACAAAAAUCAAUGUGGCUGUUAAUAAGUUGCCACAAUUUCGGUGUUGCAAGUCUAAUAAUCCAGAGGUGGGUCCUCAACAUACAGCAACUAUUCACAUUGGUUGUGAAAGGUACAAUAAAACAUACUUGGUCACACUUUUUUCUUUUUUCUCGUAGGGGAUAAAAAGGCACCAUAUUUUCAGUAUUCAUAUUGGGGACAAAUAAUUUCAGUUCCUCUGAGGCAUAUUUUUAAUUCUGCUGGUAUUAACUUUUUCUAACUAUGUUUUUUCUAACCCUAUGUAUAUAGAGGAGGUCUUAUCAGUUUGACAUCUUGCCUAAGCUUCUGCUACUUAGCUGCCAGUUAUGUGGCGACUCGGCUCUCACUCAUAUAAUACAUGUAAUGUAUACACUAAUGUCAAUAAACAACUCAAUAAAGUUCUCUAUAUAGCUGUUUCACAAUAAUAUGCAUGCUAAACAACUUUGUCACUGUUCCAAUCUGCUAGGUUUCAAGUUACAUAUCUAUGUUAUUUGUGGGGCAAGUUACUACCAUUUUGGUGAUAUUACCUUACAAAAUUUAUCAUCUUAUUUCUUUUCCAUCCCUUUGAUUGUGUUAAAGUAUGGAGGAGAUUGGCUCAGCUUGUGCAGAUGCUUGGAAUGGCUUGCCAUCAAGAAGACCUGUUAUGGAGAUGACUAUUCCUUCUUCAUUGGACAAGACUAUUUGUCCUCCUGGUAUAACUAAUACAAUCUUCUUUCCACC